UUCACUUUCUAUUUUCUAAGAGAUCCACCAUUAACAUCAAAUCAAAACCAAACCAUUAUCGCGCGACAUUCUUCCCUUCUCUUGCUUCAUCAAUCUCCUCCCAACUAAACCUUCUUGGAUUCUCUCUCCGUCUGCGCUCUUUCUCUCUCUCUCUCUAAAGAUUGGAUCUUUAGGCGUCAGAUUCACUUCCUCUUCUUUCUUUCUUUCCCUUUUUCCCCCCUCCACCAAAAAUCAUUACCCAGAAUCUCUCCUCAGUUAUCUCGCAUUCCCUUUGUCGGAAAUCAGGCAUCUAUUCUGGGUUAGUUUCUGGACAUUACAGUGGUCCGAUUUCUUUUGCAGAUUUGAUCUGGAUUAGUCUCCGACGAAAAUGCCGUUCCAGAUUCUGACUUCUCACCUCCCCACAGCCUUCCAAGGAGCAGUGGAUCUGCUCACAUUCUCGAGAAUCUAGGGUUUCGAAAGAGAGAGGGGGUCGCUGGUUUUGGGAACACGCACCCUUAAAUCCGCAAUGUUCAAGCAAAUCUUGAGUAAGCUCCCGAGGAAAUCCUCCAAAUCGGAGCCACCCGAGUUUAGCUCCAUCGAAUCGCCGUCUCCGGUUCGAUCCAACAGCGCCGGCUCGGCGAAAUCGAAUGGGCCGAAGCGGACUUCAUCAGCAGUGUUCCCGUCCAGUGUCGUCGCCGGCAUUGAGCCGCUGGUGCCAUUCAGAGACGUACACAAUGCGGAGAAGAUGAACCUCUUCGUAAGCAAAGUAAGCCUCUGCUGUGUAACUUUUGAUUUCUCUGACCCAACUAAGGAUACCCUAGAGAAGGAUGUAAAGAGGCAGACUUUGCUCGAGCUUGUAGAUUUUGUGGCUUCUGGGUCGAUGAGGUUCACCGAGCCAGCCAUUCUAGCUAUGUGUAGAAUGUGUGCUGUUAACUUGUUCAGGGUUUUCCCUCCGAGUUACAGGUCUCACUCUGGCAAUGGUGGUGGUGAAAAUGAUGAUAGUGAUGAGCCAAUGUUUGAUCCCGCUUGGCCACACUUGCACAUUGUCUAUGAUUUGCUGCUUAGGUUCAUAACUUCCACUUGCCUGGAUGCUAAAAUAGCCAAGAAGUACAUAGACCACUCGUUCAUACUGAGGUUACUUGAUUUGUUCGAGUCCGAGGAUCCCAGGGAAAGGGAGUGUCUAAAGACCAUAUUACACAGGGUGUAUGGGAAGUUCAUGGUGCAUAGGCCUUUCGUUCGCAAGUCGAUCAGCAAUAUAUUCUAUAGGUUUGUGUUAGAGACCGAGAAGCAUAAUGGGAUUGCUGAGCUGCUGGAGAUUUUCGGGAGUGUAAUAAGUGGUUUUGCUUUGCCCCUUAAAGAGGAGCACAAGCUGUUUCUGUGGAGGGUUUUGAUUCCUUUGCAUAAGCCAAAGUCUCUUGGGGUUUACUUUCAGCAGCUCUCUUAUUGCAUAACGCAGUUUAUUGAGAAGGAUCCCAAGUUGGCUAGCAUGGUGAUGAACAGAGUGUUGAAGUACUGGCCUGUAACGAACAGCCAGAAGGAGGUGAUGUUCUUGGGAGAGGUGGAAGAGAUUUUGGAAGCUAUUAACAUGGUUGAAUUCCAGAAAGUUAUGGUUCCCCUGUUCUGGAGGAUUGGUUGCUGCAUGAACAGCUUUCACUUCCAGGUGGCUGAACGCGCCCUUUUCUUGUGGAACAACGACCAAAUCGUGAACUUGAUAGCACACAACCGGCACGUGAUCCUGCCUAUCAUAUUUCCAGCAUUGGAGAAGAAUGCACAGAACCAUUGGAACCAAGGAGUGCUUAACUUAACUCUCAACAUUAGGAAAAUGUUCUCGGAGAUGGACGAACAGCUCUUCCUAUCGUGCCUUGCCCAGUUCAAGGACGAAGAAGAACAGCUGAGUGUUUUAGCUGAGAAGAGGAAGGAAGCGUGGCAACGCCUGGAGAAUGCAGCGAGCCUGAAGCCUAUAACUGGAAACACUGCUGUUCUAGUAACCCCUCUGGCAACCAAGAUCACAUGUUGACAGUAGUAGGCAUCAGUGGGUGGCAUCCUAAUUGCUGUUGUAGGAUAUAUUCUUUCUUUUGUUUUGCUGGUGGUUUCCUUUUUUUCUUGUUGGUGCUAUGACCGCCCGUUGUUGUAUAACUAAGUAGCUCCUGAUCUUCUGUAUCUUAAGCUUGUUCUCCACCAUUUGUAGCAAUGCCCUGCUGUAUUGGAUUCUGUUUAGCGUUCCCUUUUGUAAGCUUAUGAGAAGGGUAAAGAAAUGGGCCAUGCAGUAAACCAUUGGCUUAUUUUUCUUCCUCUUGUUGUCAAUAGAGAGUCGCACUGACCUUUUGAACAAUCUUCUUCCCAUUCACAAUGAAGGGAAAGAGUGCCC